AUGCCCCUUUUGGAGACCACCAGUCUUGCAGAGCAAGAGAAGAUGGAGCCAGAUCCACUCCUGAAUUCCCAGGAAGCCCAAGUGAAACACAACGGAGAGACUCAUGCAGAUGUCACUACAUAUGACGGAGAGAGAAGCAAAAGUUCUCCUAUAGGUAGAGCGCCAUCUUUGGGGUCAUGGGCACAUCCUUUCACAGUUCUUAAUGUGGUUCUCAAUAUCGUUCUCAUCAGUCUCCUUAUUGUGUGGUCAGAAUCUGAACUGUGUAUGGCUGAUCCUAAAUCCCCAGAGGCUUCAUGCCCGGAUGGCUGGGUCGGUUACCAAGGGAAAUGCUACUACUUCUCAGAGACAGAAGGGAGCUGGACCUACAGCCAGAGCAACUGCUUCUCCCUCGGUGCCUCCCUGGCAGGGAUCGACAGUGAGCAGGAAAAGGUUUUCAUGGUACGGUACAAAGGGAUCCCUGACCGCUGGAUCAGCUUCUGGAGGGAACCUAACGGGACCUGGAAAUGGGCCAAUGGCACUGAUCUCAGCAAUAGGUUUGAAAUACAAGGCGGAGGGGAAUGUGCCUAA